UCUUGCAUCACUUCAAUUAAUAAGUCUCUUAAACCUUGAUUUGAUUGAUCAUUGGAUUGUAGUCCAAAAAGGCAACAAUAACAAACUAAGUUGAAGAUCAAAUAACUUUUAACUUUGCUCCUCCAAUUUAGGGACGAGUUGUAAGAUGAAGCAUGGGAAUUGAAGGCGUUAUCAUCAUUAUAAUAGUUAUGAGUUUAUACAAAAUCAAAGAGUAAUAUAUAAAAGUUGUUAAAGUUGUAAAUACAUUAGAUUUUAUGUUUUGAGAUCAUAAACAAUAGUUUCAUAAAUCAAUUGUGAUAAUCUCAACAAUUUUUAUAAUAAAAUGUUUAUACGAAAAAUGUUUCCACAUAAAUGUUUUGUGUUUAUAUUCAUAAUUUUAUACGAUUUAACCAGAUUGAAUGAAGCUUAUCAACAAGGUGACAAGGACAUAUCUGAACUUGGAACUAAUUUUUUAAUAAAAGCUAAAUUAAAUUAUAAGGAAUAUUCUUCAGUGCAAGUUAAAAAUGAAAAGAACUGGUUAAUAGAAGAGUCGGUAUUUGGUGAUGAAAAAAACAGUAUCGUAACAUUAAUAACCCAAGAAAAGGAAGGAUUUGAAAUAAAAGUGUUUCGUGAUUUCAAAACUCAAAACAUUUCAUUGAUCUGUGUGCAAAAUGAGUGCGGACGAAAUGCUGAUUUGUUGGAUAAAAAUUUAAAGGGAUUUCCUCCAGGUUUAACUCAGAUUGUGAAAGCUGCUCUGUUGUUGGGACCUUAUCGUAUGAUAUGGUGUCAAACUAGUGAAGAUCCGGUGUAUAUUCAAAGACAGCGAUUUCGAACAGCAACCUAUCCUUGUGGUACUUUGUAUCUGGUGCCUACUUUUCGAGAUUCCGAUCAGGCUGAAUACUUUGGAAUACGUGAUAGUAACAACCGCGCUCUAACAAUUGUUAAUCAAAAAUACGAUUAUCCAAACCUGGGUUUAUCUAUACAACAAACUGAGUCUUUAGUGAAAGCAAACGUAUCAAUGCCAACAAAAGGCAUUCACUACAAAUUCAAUGAAUCAAUUACCAAAUAUAACGAAUUGGAAGUUGAUAGAGAACAUGGAACAACUCAGCUUUCUAUCACAUCAUUGGAUUCAGUUACUUCGGUCGAAAUCAUUGGUAAACGAUUCCACCUCGAGUUUGUUUAUGAUCGUAAAUUUGGUUUGAAAUACAUUCCAUCUGGUCACAAUGAGUGCACCAUUGAAUCAAGCAGUGUUGAUGAUGAAUUCAAUUAUGCUGCUUCAGAAAAUUAUGGAAAGGCGUUUGCAAAUGAACUUUAUUUUCCAAAGAAUCCGGUUGAACCAUACAGCAAGAAACUGAGGGUUGUAGCAGAACACAAUGUAACAAUUGGUAAUGUAAAGUAUGAUUUGGUUGUGAAAACCUAUCUAGAGCCAGAUAAUGCGUCAAGAUUAUUAGUGGAAAGUGGAAGACUCGCAGAUUUCUGUGUUCAAAUGGACCUUUACUCAAAAUCCGUCCCAAAUAAGAUCUCAUAUAAUUUCAAUCUCACUGAAGUCAGAGUAAUAUGCUUAAUCGAAACGCCAGAUUAUUUAAACGAAGACGAUUUUCAUCGAUUGAUCAAUUCCUAUCAUCAAUGUUUCAAAGACAGAAAAGAUAAAGUUAUUCUCCGUUUAGAGAUUGCAUUAUUAAAUCAUUUGAUGUCAGACAAAAUUCACGAAUUGCAAGCCGAAAUCUAUUCCAUCAAAGAUGUAUUCCGGACUUGGCUCGUUGAUAAAUUGAAUGUGUCAUUUUUAAGAAUGAAUUUGAUCAAAUUGAAUUUUUUGAACUCAUAUAUGGUGGCAAAGGUUGAAAUUGUCGAUUCAUUUGUUACCUACUUUGAAUCUAAGAAAGGAGCUUCACAUAGAUUCAACAUCAAAUCAACGGAAUCUGGUCAAAUCUAUACAUCAACCAUUGAUGAAUGUUUACGUCUUCAAGCUUCUAAAGCCAAUCUAAGCUAUGUUAUAACUUGUGAAACUGAGCAUUAUCUAUGCCUUGGAAUCGCUGAUGGAGAUUCAUUACCAGUUGAAAAUGAAAAUGGGUUAAACUGUAUGUUGUACAACAAUUCAGAUCGCACCUUAACCAAACUAUUGGCAGAAGUUCCUUUGCAAGUAUUAAUAGGAAAAUCUUAUUCAAACUUGAAUGGAAGUCAAUUCAACUAUUCCGAUAUUGAAUUUGCUAUUGUUGGUGUUACAAUUGGAGAUGGUAUACUCUUUGAUAGUCCAGAAAAGACGAAAUCAAACUCGUUUUUCGUAUUUUUCAUCAUAUUCUCUCUUAUUUCCAUAUUGAUCAAUAUUGUGAUAUUUGUUAAGUUUGCAUUUUACUUUAAACUGUCUCAACGCGAAACUAAUUCUUUUCAUGAUUGGGUUUCACUUAAAUUACUCAAAUCGAACAUUUGAUUCCUGAAAAUAUUGCAAUAACGAAAUCAGAAAUGUUUUCAAUCUGUUUACUUAAAUUAUUGCUUUUAAUAAAAGUAUGUGUUUUAAGCAA